AUGGGUGUCGGUGUCCUUGAGAAGCUUUCCCGCAAGACUGGUGUCAUCGUCGGUGAUGACGUCCUCCGUCUCUUCGAGCACGCGCAGCAGAACAACUAUGCCAUCCCCGCCGUUAACGUGACCUCCUCUUCCACCGUCGUUGCUUCCCUCGAGGCUGCUCGCGACCAGAACUGCCCCAUCGUCCUCCAGCUCUCUCAGGGUGGUGCUGCCUACUUCGCUGGCAAGGGUGUCAGCAAUGACGGCCAGCAGGCCUCCAUUGCCGGUGGUAUCGCUGCUGCCCACUACAUCCGUAGCCUUGCUCCCGCCUACGGUAUCCCUGUUGUCCUUCACACCGACCACUGCGCCAAGAAGCUCCUCCCUUGGCUCGAUGGCCUCCUCGACGAGGAUGAGCGCUACUUCAAGCUCCACGGCGAGCCCCUCUUCUCCAGCCACAUGAUCGAUCUGUCUGAGGAGCCCGUCGACUACAACAUCCAGACCACCGCCGCCUACCUCAAGCGCGCUGCCCCCAUGAAGCAGUGGCUCGAGAUGGAAAUCGGUAUCACUGGUGGUGAGGAGGAUGGUGUCAACAACGAGGACGUUGACAACAACUCCCUGUACACCCAGCCCGAGGAUAUCCUCGCCAUUCACAAGGCUCUCUCCCCCAUCAGCCCUUACUUCUCCAUUGCCGCUGGUUUCGGUAAUGUCCACGGUGUCUACAAGCCCGGCAACGUCAAGCUCCACCCCGAGCUUCUCAAGAAGCACCAGGCUUACGUCAAGGAGAAGAUUGGCUCCAACAAGGACAAGCCUGUCUUCUUCGUCUUCCACGGUGGCUCUGGUUCCUCCAAGGAGGAGUACAAGGAGGCCAUCAGCUAUGGUGUCGUCAAGGUCAACGUCGACACUGACAUGCAGUUCGCCUACAUGUCCGGUAUCCGUGACUACAUCCUGAAGAAGAAGGACUACCUCAUGACCGCCGUUGGCAACCCCGAGGGCGAGGACAAGCCCAACAAGAAGUCCUUCGACCCCCGCGUGUGGGUGCGUGAGGGUGAGAAGACCAUGAGCCAGCGUGUCAAGGUCGCCCUGGAGGACUUCAACACUGCUGGUCAGCUGUAA